AAGAACAAACUGACAUUGUAGGAUACGUUCCUAGGUUCCUACUGCUGUCAGGUGGGGAUGAGAUCCCGAAACCAAGGUGGAGAAAGCUCUCCUAAUGGGCAUUUCCCCAAUUCUAAGCCCAUUGUUAGCAAUGCAGAGAAUGAAAACCUUCAGGAAGAUGCCAAGAAAAAGAACAAAUCUCAUCGAAAGGAAGAGGAGGUCAUAGUCUCAGGGACUGUAAAAAGACAGUUAAAGUCACCGGCUCCUGGUGAACGAAAGAACAAGAAAUCCAUAGAACUUUCUAAAGAGGACUUAAUCUGGCUCCUCAGUAUAAUGGAAGGAGAACUGCAGGCUAGAGAAGAUGUGAUCCACAUGCUGAAGACAGAGAAAACCAAACCUGAAGUUUUAGAGGCCCACUAUGGAUCAGCAGCUCCAGAGAAUGUGCUGCGAGUAUUGCAUAGGGAUGCCAUCCUUGCCCAAGAAAAAUCCAUAGGGGAAGAUGUCUAUGAGAAACCCAUUUCAGAGCUGGACAGACUGGAAGAAAAGCAGAAAGAGACAUAUCGACGCAUGUUGGAACAGCUCCUCUUGGCCGAGAAGUGCCAUCGGCGCACAGUUUAUGAGCUGGAAAAUGAGAAGCAUAAACAUACAGAUUACAUGAACAAGAGCGAUGACUUUACCAACCUCUUGGAGCAAGAGCGUGAAAGGUUAAAAAAGCUUCUCGAACAGGAAAAAAUCUAUCAAGCCCGCAAGGAGAAAGAACACACAAAGAGACUCAAUAAACUGAGAGACGAACUGGUCAAACUCAAGUCAUUUGCACUCAUGCUGGUGGAUGAGAGACAAAUGCAUAUUGAACAACUUGGUCAACAGAGUCAGAAAAUACAAGAUCUUGCUCAGAAACUAAAGGAGGAAGAAGAAAAGCUUAAAGUUAUUAGUUCAAAAACAAAAGAAGAUGGACAAAAAUUGAUGAAGUUAGAAGCAGAACUUGAACACAAGACAUUAUCAUUUUCUCAAGAGCAUGAGGAGAUGACUGCUAAACUGGGUAAUCAAGAGUCACAUAAUAGACAGCUGAGACUAAAGCUGGUUGGUUUGACUGGUAGAAUUGAGGAGCUAGAAGAAACUAACAAAAAUCUUCACAAGGCUGAGGAAGAACUUCAGGAAUUAAGAGAUAAAAUAGCAAAAGGAGAAUGUGGAAACUCUAGCUUGAUGGCUGAAGUGGAAAAUCUACGCAAGCGUGUACUUGAGAUGGAAGGCAAAGAUGAGGAGAUCACAAAAACUGAAUCCCAGUGUAGAGAGCUGAAAAAGAAACUGCAAGAGGAAGAACAUCAUAGCAAAGAGCUGAAAUUUGAAGUGGAAAAGUUGCAGAAGAGAAUGUCAGAACUGGAGAAGCUGGAAGAGGCUUUUAGUAAAAGUAAGACUGAAUGUACUCAGUUGCACGUAAAUCUGCAGAAAGAAAAUAAUUUAACCAAAGACUUAAUAAGUGAGUUGGACAUGGUGAAGACUCGAGUGAAAGAUCUUGAAUCUUCAGAAAGUAAGUUGGAAAAAGCUGAACUAAGCUUAAAGGAGGACCUUACCAAGCUGAAGUCAUUUACUGUCAUGCUGGUGGAUGAAAGAAAAAAUAUGAUGGAAAAAAUAAAGCAGGAAGAAAGAAAAGUUGAAGGUCUGAACAAAGAUGUUAAGGUGGAACAAGGUAAAGUUAUGGAUGUGACUGAGAAAUUAAUAGAUGAAAGUAAGAAACUUUUGAAACUGAAAACUGAAAUGGAGGCGAAAGUGUCCAGUUUAACAAAGGAAAGAGAUGAGUUAAUUGGGAAACUGAAAAGUGAAGAAGAAAAAUCCUCUGAACUGAGUUGUAGAGUUGAUUUGUUAAAGAAAAGAAUUGAUGGUAUAGAGGAAGUCGAAAGAGAAAUAGCAAGAGGUCGAGCCAGAAAAGGACAAGAACAUGCUUAUCAUGAGGACAACAAGAUUAAAGAACUAACCAUUGAAAUUGAAAGACUGAAAAAACGUCUUAAACAAUUGGAAGUGGUUGAAGGAGACUUGAUGAAGACAGAGGAUGAAUAUGAUCAGCUGGAGCAGAAAUUUAGGACUGAGCAGGACAAAGCUAACUUCCUUUCUCAACAACUGGAGGAAAUGAAGCUCCAGAUUGCCAAAAACAAAGCAAUAGAGAAGGGUGAAGUGGUGAGUCAGGAAGCAGAGUUGAGGCACAGGUUUCGGUUAGAAGAAGCUAAAAGCAGAGAUUUGAAAGCAGAAGUGCAAGCUCUUAAGGAAAAGAUUCAUGAGCUGAUGAACAAAGAAGACCAGCUUUCCCAGCUCCAAGUUGAUUAUUCCGUUCUUCAGCAAAGAUUUAUGGAAGAAGAAGAUAAAAACAAAAAUAUGGGUCAGGAAGUCCUGAACUUAACAAAAGAGUUAGAGCUUUCUAAGCGUUACAGUCGUGUCCUAAGACCCAGCAUGAAUGGUAGAAGAAUGGUAGAUGUUCCUGUGACAUCCACUGGGGUGCAGACUGAUGCAAUAAGCAGUGAAGCAGCAGAAGAAGAAACCCCAGCUGUGUUUAUAAGGAAAUCCUUCCAAGAGGAAAAUCACAUCAUGAGUAAUCUGCGACAGGUAGGGCUGAAAAAACCCAUAGAGCGCUCAUCUGUGCUUGACAGGUAUCCCCCAGCAGCAAAUGAUCUUGCAAUGAGGAAAUCUUGGAUACCAUGGAUGAGAAAAAGAGAGAAUGUGUCCCAAGGAGCUCAUGAUAAAGGAGCCCGAACACAUGGUAACCCAGGACAUCCUGGAGAGGUUGUCCUUUCCCCAAAGCAGGGGCAACCUCUUCAUAUUCGGGUGACUCCAGAUCAUGAGAAUAGUACAGCUACUCUGGAGAUAACUAGCCCAACAUCUGAGGAAUUCUUUUCAAGCACCACUGUCAUUCCAACCUUGGGAAAUCAGAAGCCACGGAUUACCAUCAUUCCCUCUCCAAAUAUGUCACAAAAAGGAAAAGGUGGCGAGAGCUCAGUGGGCCCAGAGCGUGCUAUGUCACCUGUUACUAUAACUACAUUCUCCAGAGAAAAGUCCGCAGAUGGAGGGAGAGCUCCUUUCAUGGAAAGACCCAUAUCCCCAAUUCAGAUUAUGACAGUAUCUACAUCUGCAGCACCAUCAGAAAUCUCUGUCUCUCCAGAAUUGCAGGAUAUGACCAUGGGAAGGGCUGUUUUCAAAGUAACACCAGAAAAACAAACUGUCCCAACCCCAAUCCGGAAGUACAAUGCCAAUGCCAACAUUAUAACAACAGAGGACAAUAAAAUUCACAUUCACUUAGGUUCUCAGUUUAAACGCUCCCCUGGUGUUGCUUCUGAGGGAGCUAGUCCUGUGAUAACGGUCAGACCAAUGAAUGUAGCAGCAGAAAAGGAGGUUAUGACUGGUACCGUCCUUCGUUCCCCUAGGAACCAUUUCUCCUCCAGGCCUGGAGCAAGCAAAGUGACAAGUACCAUAACUAUAACUCCAGUUACAACAUCAUCCACACGAGGAACACAAUCAAUGACAGGACAGGAUGGGUCAUCACAGAGACCUACACCCACCCGUAUUCCUGUGUCAAAAGGUAUGAAAGCAGGAAAGCCAGUAGUGGCAGCCCCAGGAACAGGAAAUGUGACAAAAUUCGAGCCUCGUGCCGAGACUCAGUCUAUGAAAAUAGAACUGAAGAAAUCUUCAGCCAACAGCUCUGCCUCCCUGGGCGGGGGGAAGGGCUGAGGGCAGUGGCUAAGGGGAGAGUGUCAUCAUUCAUCAGUUACGCAUGAACUCUAGAUGAGAUACCAUACCCAAUGUAUUCUAUAUGUGUGCUUCCUCUCCACACCAGUUGGAUGGAUCACUGUUGAAGCCCUCUACCACUAUCACCAUUGUCUCCUGUGCUACUGAUCACUGACAGAAGUUUUUUACUGCUUCCAUUGGAUUAUUAUGAUUAUUUGUAGAGUUUUUAAAAAUAAUGGCCUUGUUGAUAUUUUGAAAAUAUGUAGAGAGAGAGAAAAGCAGUUAUGGUGCCAGCUGAAUGUUACUCUUAUUUUGGAAAGCCUAAGGCACCAGCUUGAUUUUGUUUGGUAGUGUUUCCCAUAUAAUUUAUUUUUAUAAAACACUUUAAUGUAACUUUCCCCAAACCUUCCAAUUGCUACUGUCCAUGGCAUGUUAAUUUGUAGAAUACACUGUCAAAAUUCUUAGUGUCAAUUGCUAUUUUUGUAUUAAUGACAGUAAAGGAAGUUUAAAUUUUAAUCUGAACACAGCUUUCUUUAUUUUUAACAGAAGUAAUAUGCAACACAUUUUCCUGCACCAUAUGACUGUGAGACUAAAUGCUCAAAGGACUGCCAUACAGGGUAUAGUGGUAUAGAAUUUUUCUUGCACUGUGCAGCAAUUCAGCAUAAAACUGAGUACUAACAAACCAAAGCCCUGAAGUACUACCUGAAUUUAAAGAUUCUUUUUAAACAUUGUAAACCAGUUUUCACUAAGCUGUGAUUAUUAUUUUACAAUAUGUUUUUACUUCUGCCUGUACUGAAAAAAGUCAAUUUUCAUCACACUGUAACAAAUAAAUUUUCACAAGAAUA